GCCCGAUCCUUUGAUUCUCAACCCCCAUCGCCAGGAUGGAUCGCAGCGGUCUUUCAGCGGAUGAGCUAAUGACCCAAGGGAAGAGUCUGACCUACAAUGACAUCAUUUCUCUACCUGGCUAUAUUGACUUCCCGUCUGAAGAUGUUACCCUGACGACGCAGCUGACAAAAAAUAUUAAACUGAACGCCCCAUUUGUCUCCUCUCCCAUGGAUACGGUCACCGAAUCCAAAAUGGCGGCUGCUAUGGCACAAGAAGGUGGUGUAGGGGUAAUACAUUGCAACUGCACACCAGACGAGCAGGUUGAGCAUGUCCGAAAGGUCAAGCAACAAUCAGCUAAGGAUUUUGAAAUCCGCGGAGAAGAUGUCAAGUUUCCAAAUAUUAUGAUAAAUUUUAAGGGUGAGUUGGUGGUGGGGGCAGCGGUCAGUACACACGUAAGGGACAGGGAGAGGAUUGACAAGCUGGUUGCUGCGGGAGUUGAUUUUAUCGUCGUGGACUCAUCGCAAGGGAAUUCAAGUUUUCAAAUUGAAACCAUCAAAUAUAUUAAGGAGAAACAUCCUGGGGUAGAUGUUAUUGGAGGAAACGUGGUGACAGUCGAGCAGGCCAAGAACCUCAUCAAUGCUGGCGUGGACGGUCUGCGAGUCGGCAUGGGCAGUGGCUCCAUCUGCACCACACAGGAAGUCAUGGCCGUGGGUCGGGGUCAGGCCUCAGCUGUGCAUGACGUGGCCAGGUACGCCAAGAAAAGAGGAGUUCCUGUGAUAGCUGAUGGUGGCAUCUCCAACACUGGUCACAUGACCAUAGCUCUGGCACUGGGGGCGUCAACAGUGAUGAUGGGUAAGAGAUUUGCCCAGUGUGAGGAGGCACCUGGUGACGUGCAGAUGGUCGAGGGGAAGAAGAUCAGAAACUACAGGGGGAUGGGAUCGAUUGAGGCCAUGGGAAAUAGUGCAUCCCAGGAACGUUAUUUGUGUGGAGGCACCAAGAUCUUGGUACCCCAGGGCGUGUCCGGACAGGUGGAGGUGACCGGAUCUGUCCACCAGCUGGUGCCGACCCUGAUGGCAACCCUUCGUCAGAGUCUGCAGGACAUGGGUGCCAGAGAUUUGUCUGACCUGAGAUCCAAGAUGGAGGCUGGAACACUUAGAUUUGAGAGAAGAUCUAGCGCUGCUAUUACAGAGGGUGGAUCCCACGGGCUGGGAAAGGAACAGAAACACGACAAGAAAGAGCUUGAGAAAUUAGGACAAAAGAAAAACUGUAAAUUAUGCAACACGAUUUUACAAAUAAACGGAUGA